CAGCCCAUUUUGAACCAGAAUAAUUUAGUCUGACAACAGAUUCUUCCUCUGUUCACAGCUGUCCCAGAGGGAGGAGCUGAAAUCUGAACCUCUCAGCUGUGAUUGGAUCUUUCUUGCAAAAGAGAGGAAAAAAAAAACCCUCCCAGCCAAAACGGGCUCAGUUCGUAAAGGAGCCGGGCGACUUCAGAGGCGCCGGCCCGUCCGCCUGCCGCACCUGAGCGCGGCCCCUGCCCGAGCCCGGCCAGCCGCGAUGCUGUAGGGACCGCCGCGUCCUCCCGCCGGACCGUUAUCUGCGCCGGCGCCCGCCAGACCCGCCGGCAAGAUGCCGCGCUCCUUCCUGGUCAAGAAGCAUUUCAACGCCUCCAAAAAGCCAAACUACAGCGAACUGGACACACACACAGUGAUUAUUUCCCCAUAUCUCUAUGAGAGUUACUCCAUGCCUGUCAUACCACAACCGGAGAUCCUCAGCUCAGGAGCAUACAGCCCCAUCACCGUGUGGACUACGGCAGCUCCAUUCCACGCCCAGCUACCCAAUGGCCUCUCUCCACUUUCCGGAUACUCCUCAUCUUUGGGGCGAGUGAGUCCCCCUCCUCCAUCUGACACCUCCUCCAAGGACCACAGUGGCUCAGAAAGCCCCAUUAGUGAUGAAGAGGAAAGACUACAGUCCAAGCUUUCAGACCCCCAUGCCAUUGAAGCUGAAAAGUUUCAGUGCAAUUUAUGCAAUAAGACCUAUUCAACGUUUUCUGGGCUGGCGAAACACAAGCAGCUGCACUGCGAUGCUCAGUCUAGAAAAUCUUUCAGCUGUAAAUACUGUGACAAGGAAUAUGUGAGCCUGGGCGCCCUGAAGAUGCACAUUCGGACCCACACAUUACCUUGUGUUUGCAAGAUCUGCGGCAAGGCGUUUUCCAGACCCUGGUUGCUUCAAGGACACAUUAGAACUCACACUGGGGAGAAGCCUUUUUCUUGCCCUCACUGCAACAGAGCAUUUGCAGACAGGUCAAACCUGAGGGCUCAUCUGCAGACCCAUUCUGAUGUAAAGAAAUACCAGUGCAAAAACUGCUCCAAAACCUUCUCCAGAAUGUCUCUCCUGCACAAACAUGAGGAAUCUGGCUGCUGUGUAGCACACUGAGUGACGCAAUCAAUGUUUACUCGAACAGAAUGCAUUUCUUCACUCCGAAGCCAAAUGACAAAUAAAGUCCAAAGGCAUUUUCUCCUGUGCUGACUGACCAAAUAAUAUGUAUAGACACACACACACAUAUGCACACACACACAUGCACACAUACACACACACACACACACACACACACACACGAAGAGCUGCAAGAGCAUGGAAUUCAUGUGUUUAAAGAUAGUCCUUUCCAUGUGAAAUUUAAAAUUACUAUAUAUUUGCUGAUGGCUAGAUUCAGAGAAUUCUCUUCAAAGAAAAAAUGAAAAGCACAUCGCAUCUUUUCUUCCUAAAAGAGAAUGCAAAGAUUUACAUUGAUGCCAAAUCAUUUCAAUUGAAAAGAACAGUAUUGCUUUGUAAUAGAGUCUGUAAUAGGAUUUCCCAUAGGAAGAGAAUCUGCCAGACGCAAACUCAGGUGCCUUAAAAUGCAUUCCAAGUUUACUCCAUGUCUGAUGUCUGGUUACCAUUGUUGAACUAAAGCCUUGUUUGAUUACCUGUAGUGCUUUAAAGUGUAUUUUUUAAAGCGAAGAAAAAAAAAAAAGAAAAAGUACAAAACACAGGAGAAUGUAUUAAAAGUAUUUUUGUUUUGUUUUGUUUUUGCCAAUUAACAGUAUGUGCCUUGGGGAAGGAGGGAAAGAUUAGUUUUGAACAUUCCUGGCACAUGCUCUACGUCUUACUAUUCUAAGGAAUUUUAAUGAUUUUCGAAAAUUAAUUAAAGAUGGGAAUAGGUGCAAAAGAUGAUUUUUACAAAUUCAUUAAUGUACUUAAACUAUUUCAAAUGCAUAUCAGAAAUGCAAUAAUACAAUUCCCCUUCCAAGUGCCUUUUUGAAUCGUGUAGUUGAUGAGUCAAUGUAAAUUUGUGUUUAUUUUUAUAUGAUUGAAUGAGUUUUGUAUGAAACUGAGAUGCUGUCCAUAGCUAUGUCUAUAAACAACCUGAAGACUUGUGAAAUCAACGUUUCUUUUUUAAAAAACAAUUUUCAAGGUUUUUUUUUUUUUACAAUAAACAGUUUUGAUUUAAAAA